CGGAACCUAUUACUUAAUUUUCGUAUCCCAAGUUGUGAUAAAAUAAGUACCACCAUGGCACAGAUAUUGGAAACGAAGCCUGUUUCAUCAACAGUGUUGCCGGUUUUCCUCGCCGGAAAAUACCAGACACAAACCAUAUCCGUGGAUUCAUCAUCAAGUUCAACAACCCAAUCUCCACCUCCAAAGCCAUUGUUGAUCGUCACACCUUCCGAUGAAGGCACCUACCCUGUCAUCUUGUUCUUCCCUGGCUUCAUGCUUCGCAACAUCUACUACACUGACCUCCUCAACCACAUAUCUUCCCAUGGUUUCAUUCUUGUCGCUCCUCAGCUGUAUAUAUUGCCUCCUAAGGGAAUUAGAGAGGUUGAAAGUGCAGCACAAGUGGCAAAUUGGUUACAAUUAGGCCUUCAGUCUGUACUCCCUGAAAAUAUUGAACCAAACCUAAAAACUGUUGUUCUUUCAGGCCACAGUAGGGGUGGGAAAACAGCAUUUGCGCUUGCACUCGGAUACGGUGACCCGAUCCAAAAAUUUUCCGCACUAAUUGGCAUUGACCCUGUUGCUGGCAACAAUUUCGGCACUACUACCCCCCACAUCUUAACCUACGAACAAUCUUUCGACAUCCCAUUUCCGAUUACCGUCAUCGGUACUGGCUUAGGUUCCGAGUCCAAGGGCUUGAUAUCAUGCCCUUGCGCUCCUAAGAAGUAUAACCACGAGGAGUUUUUCAACGAGUCCAAGCCCCCACGAGCUCAUUUUACUGCCAAAAAUUAUGGUCACAUGGAUAUGUUAAAUGACGAUCUGUCAGGAGUUAUCGGGAAAUUGGCGGAUUCUAUGUGCGUAAACGGGAAAGGUCCUCGAGAUCCCUUGAGGCGAUGCAUCGGUGGUAUCGUCAUUGCGUUUCUGAAUUACUAUUUUCAAGAUAAUGAAGUGGAUUUUAAUACUAUAGUGAACGAACCUGACGUUGCUCCCGUGGUACUUGAUCAAGUUCAGUUCGAUGCUUCUUAAGGCGGAACUUGGAUUUGGGCAUGUGUAAGAUUUUAUGUAUGAUAGAAUAAAUAUUGGUCAAAAUAUGAUUUUGGUCCCUCUAUCGUACUCGAAUUAGUGAUUUAAUCUCUUUAAACCACAACGCUAUACUUUAAUUUGGUGUAAUUUAUUUUAUCUACUUUUACAAUGCUACAAAUGGUAUUCCUUUCAAUUAAAAUGUUUAUGUGAAUUUUAAAAAAA